CAACCUUUCAACACUCUUUUUACUAUUCUUUCCCUCUUAAAUACCUCCUUUUCUCUCUCUAUUCUGCCCCUUUUUUCUCCACUCAACACUUUCUUUCAUUUUUUUUCUGGGUUUUUUCUCAGAUUUGUCAAGUGGGAUUUGAAUGGUUUUUCAAGAUUUUUCACUAAAAUGAAGUCAGAUAAUUCAAUGGCGGUUUUACUUGGUUUUCUGCUUCUACUUCUUCUUCUUCUUCAUUCUGCUUUUUCUGCUGAUGAAAAUGCCUUUAUAGGUGUUAAUGUAGGAAUGGAUCUCUCUGAUGUGCCUACUCCAACUCAGGUGGUCGCCCUUCUCAAAGCACAAAAUAUCCGACACAUAAGGCUCUUUGAUUCAGAUCGGUCUAUGCUCCGUGCACUUGCAAACACAGGAAUACAAGUUACUGUCUCUGUUCCUAACGAGCAGCUUCUUGGAAUUGGUCAAUCAAAUGCUACUGCAGCCAACUGGGUAGCUCGGAAUAUUGUGUCUCAUGUACCUGCCACCAACAUCACAGCCAUAGCUGUUGGUUCUGAAGUUCUUACUGUCCUUCCAAAUGCUGGUCCAAUACUAGUCAGUGCCAUGAAAUACAUUCAUUCAGCCCUUGUUGCUUCAAAUCUUGAUUCCAGGAUCAAAGUGUCAACUCCACAUGCAUCAUCGAUUAUACUUGACUCUUUCCCACCUUCCCAAGCUUUCUUUAACCGUACAUGGGACCCAGUUAUGGUUCCCUUAUUGAAAUUUUUGCAGUCUACGGGUUCAUACCUCAUGCUUAAUGUGUAUCCUUACUAUGAUUACAUGCAGGCUAAUGGUACAAUCCCCUUGGAUUAUGCCCUUUUCCGUCCUCUUCCCCCAAAUAAAGAAGCUGUAGAUACCAACACUCUCUUGCACUACACCAAUGUUUUUGAUGCCCUUGUUGAUGCUUCUUACUUUGCCAUGUCCUAUCUAAACUUCAUUAAUGUUCCGGUUAUCGUGACUGAAUCAGGUUGGCCUUCCAAGGGUGACUCAUCUGAGCCUGAUGCCACCAUUGAAAAUGCUAAUACAUAUAAUAGUAAUCUCAUUAGGCGAGUUCUGAACAACACUGGGACACCCAAACAUCCUGGAGUAGCAGUAAGUACAUACAUCUAUGAAUUGUACAAUGAGGACUUAAGACCUGGAUCAAUCUCAGAGAAAAACUGGGGGCUUUUUGAUUCCAACGGUGUACCUGUCUAUACUCUGCAUUUAACAGGUUCAGGGACAAUAUUGGCCAAUGACACUACGAACCAAACUUACUGUAUUGCAAAGGAAAAUGCAGAUCCUAAGAUGCUUCAGGCAGCUUUGGAUUGGGCUUGUGGGCCUGGAAAAGUAAACUGUUCAAUUCUUUUGCAGGGAGAACCUUGUUAUGAGCCUGAUAAUGUUGUCGCCCAUGCAAAUUAUGCUUUUGACACUUACUACCAUAAGAUGGCCAUGGCACCUGGUACCUGUUAUUUCAAUGGAGUGGCUACUGUCACCACUUCUGACCCAAGUCAUGGCUCAUGUAUAUUUCCUGGAAGUGGUGGAAGGAAUGAAACCCUUUCAAAUAGCACAGCUCUCGCUCCUUCUGAAAGCUCAACAAGCUAUGGUACUCCAUGUCACUUCUUUCAUGGUUCUGCUUGGAUUCAUGUGGUAUUGAGCAGUCUUCUUUUGUAUGCAUAUUCUUUGUGACAUAGAAGUUGGAAUUCUGCACACGUAAGCAGCUGUAGCUUCAACAUAUUUGUUAAGAUGUUUGGAUUGGUUCCAUUUAGAAAGGUGCCACGGACCCAAUUUUGUACGUAGAGGAAGGGUCAAAGAUGGCAAUAGGGGUUUUUUCAUUUGAGGUAAAUCGAUCAAGGUGUAUGAUCAAUCUAUCAAAGAAUAGAAAAGAAAAAAAAAAUACAGAAGAGAUGGAUGUGAUCAAAUUGGAUUUAAUGUACCAUUUUUUAUUUAUUUAUUUUUAUUUUAUUUUAGGAUUU